GUUACACUCCAGGGUUAGCGAGGUGAAACCUGAUAGUUACGGGUGUGAAAGCUAUCGAGUACCACGUGACUUGGUCAGCUUGAUGAGGGUACUGAAGUGCAUGAUGGGUCUUUUUACAGGAUGCUGACUAUGAUACAGACAUCUGUUCGUUUUGCCGGUUUAGUUCUCCUCUCACCGUCUCGCCGGGUAGUUGUCUCUCGACUGCAGUGUCGUCUGUCUGAUUAAUUGUGUGGCCAGCUGCCGACUUCUCAUCCUAAAAUGGAUGCAGACUAGCGAACUGACAUUUCAUUUCUGUCGUCUGCAUCAACUUAUCGAACGAAUUCAGCGAUAUCCAUUGAGGAAGUGAUUCUUCAUCAACAACUGUCGUCUGCUCGAGUUCAGUUGUCGAUAUUUAUGUCCCGACUAUAGUUAUUAACUCGGUAAUCAGAGUACUUUGAGUAACAAAAAAUCAAACAAUUGAUACGUGGAUAGCAGUUUCUAUCGUCUGCCUGUUAAUACAUAUAACAGUUAUUUCUCGUGGUUCAGUGAUAUUGCGUGACAUCAUAGAAACAUGAGAGACUAACUUGUGAAGUCGGAAUUUUCUCUGGUUUAAUGCCGACGAGGUAAAAACUUUUCAAAGAGAAUUGCUGUGAGUGACUUAAUGAGGACCUGGCGAUGUAAGAACUCAGACAACAAGUAUAUAUAACACUGGACUGUGGGGCGAACUUUACCUUGUAAGACGGACAGACGUGGUACACAAAAUGGCGGAUAUUCCAUCCACGACCAUGGCUCCCUUCAAUUCGACUGACAUUAUCGUGAAUAAAAAGGAGAUGAAGAUUGAGACGGUCAUCAUCAUCCUGUGGGCUUCGGGAGGCGUUCUCCUGCUAGUUCUUAUGAUGCUUCUAGUCUGCAUACUGAAAAACAACAGGAAGGCGUUCGUUCAUGGCCGAAGGGAAAGUCCCAACGUUUUUCGAAUCGGCGUAGACCCCAGUGAUCCACGUCGAGGGGGCGUGAAUCCCGCGUUCACGAAUUACGACGAGAUUUGGACGUGGAUACCAGUUGUUCGGGGCAAUCAGGACGAAUGUGCUAACGCAUGUGAACAAGGUUCCGAUGGUAGAGAAAACAACACAGCUGUAUCGAACGAAGCCUUGUCGCGGACGUUAGAACCACCGCCGUACAGUGUUGCCAUAACAACGCCAUCCUACCCACCAGGCGGAGCUACGUACACAACAGCGGCACCAACAUCCGGUGAAAACUCCAGAUAUCUAUAUUCGGUUAGAAUAUGAUUACUUCUAAUCGGAGAGCCUCGUUCUGAUGAAGAUGAACUUACAGUGAGUGUUCAACAGGUGUUGAUGGACCUCGUUCCUAUUCAUAUCGAACUUCCGGUCACGAUUUUACACUGAAGGAGAAAAUCGUUCCCAUUGAGAUGCAUUUCCGGUUGUGAUUAGGAGACGUUGAAAAGCCCCGUUCUCAUUUAUAACGAGAUUCCUGUUAUAUUUUCAAUGGGUAUUGGAAAGCAUCUUGCCCUUAACACUGUAUUUAUAAUUGACUUUAUUUUAUAUGGAUAUUGGAGUCACUGGAAUCAGUACAAGAGACACAAAUUAAACGAGGUCAAUAGUGCUAUAAUCCAUUAUGAAUGGACAAUCACGUGGUGCCGUUGACGUGACGUCACAUAACUUUUCAAAAAGUGCCAAAAUUCUUAGAAAAAACAUUCAUCUUGUAUGUGUUUCACAGUUAGGAGUCUGAAGGUGUUGUACCUUUGCUCACGAUCAGUACAAAAUAUCGAAAGCAUUGGUGUGUGUAUGAUCGAAAGCAAAAUAGUCGGGAUCCCUUUGAUGAAUGCUUUGUAUUGUCAGUCAAUGUCUGCAAAACGUUUUAUCUGUGAAGCAUUAUUCUGCAGCAAAGAAAGCGCCUCACUGAUAGUGUAAUGGAAAGGCUAUUACAUCACUGGUAAAAAAAAAUCAUUUCCACACUGAAAAAUAGAGAAAGCAGCGAGAAUUACAAUUCUUAUUGUCACGAUGAUAGUUGUUUCCAAAACAUCGGUCAAGGUCACGGGUAAUUUCAUCUCCAAUCGACGUAAAUAAAGUUAUGACGUCAUUGUGUGGUUUUGGUUCAUGAAACAAGAAGUAUCUAGAUAAUACAACGAAUCUUUGGUCGUAUUUUGUUGUAAAGUAAUCAGUGCGAUAGAGCCAGUAUCGUCAAUCAUUUAUCGCAAGUGACGUCAUCAACAGACAAAUUCCCCUUACUGCAAUUUGCAUAACAUCAUGAACUCACUGAAUCAAUAUAAAAUUCAGUCAUUUCCAUCUGCGAUUUGAAAAGUGGAUCUCGCAUAGUUGAGUAUUUGGUUCUCAUAAGUCUAUUUUUAGAUGUGACCUUGACUCUUAUGAUAUCUUAUGAAACAUAUGUUUCAGAAGGUUGUCAAAUAACCAUUUUAAACUGUCUAAUGCAUGUAUUAAAUGUUCUUCAUGUGCCUUAAAUGUAAUUAGUGUAAACACUUUGUCACGAGGUUUUUUGAUAUUUUUUUUUUUAUGUUUGAUAUGGUAAGAUGUCCAAGAGUGUUCGUACGUGUUUAUAUAUUUAUGUUCCCUCCAUUAAAUUAUUACGAAUUUAUGUACUCAUAGUGAACAUAAUACGGUUUUAUUGAUGGGCAAUUAUAACAAUUUAAGACAAAAAAGGCAAAGCGUUGACAAUGACCAAUGGUAUGCUUUCAAAGAUGCCGAAGUAUCAGUGAAAAAUGUCUUCCAAAAUGAAAAUCAUGGCAGCCAUAUUGGUUUUUCCGUUCAUGCAUUGAAAUAAUAUUUGUUGUAAAUAUUGAAUACACUUCAUAAAAAUCACUGUUUGUCAUUUACAUGUUUUGCACAAUAAUGUCACCAAAUGAUAUUUAAUAGUUUUUAUAUAAAUCUGGUAAAAAAAUCGCAAUUUAGGAGGAAUAUGCGUUUCUUAAUUGUUUACAAGUUAAGCAAUGAGACAAUGUCAUGAUCAAGUAAAGCAGAGUUACUCCCCUUUGCUCAGCACUUUACAUUUCUAAGUCGACAAAUUCCGAUGCAUUCGAGUUUUGCGAACAUCUGAGUAUGGGUUGUGAAAACUCUAACAGAAGUAUACACCGUGUACAUUUGUAUAGCUCUUAUUUAUUACAGAAAGUUCAAAAUCUAAAGUUCAAGAUAGUGCAAUAUGGUUGUUUGCGUUUUCAAAUUUUAUGUAAUGAAGAGUUUUAUUCCAUUUGUAUAUACAAAUAUGAUAUUUAAAAUUCAUUUAAAAAAGAUUGAUUUUUUGUAAACAUAAGUACCUAUAUGUAUAUCAUAAUAUAUUCAUAAAUAAAUCUCAAUCUUGAUAUCAAAGUACAACAUAGUAGUAGAGUAUGCUAAAAUAGAAGAUUCGUUCUCGACCAAAGGAUAUCGGCGUGGUCCGGGUCUAUGUGUUUUGGUAUAGUAGGAGGGCUUGUUUUUAAUAGACAGAUGAAACAUAAUGAGCCAUUACAAUCUAAGG